GGCCGCGUGCGGACGCUCCUCCGGCCGCGGGCGGUGCGGCGUCUGAGGCGGCGGCCGGGCCAUGCUGCGACUCGCGACCAAGCUGGUGGCGUUCUUCUGGAGGAGGGCGGACGGCCCUGCCGAGGACGCGGCGUCGCCGGGCUCCGAGCUCGCGGAAGGUGAGCCCAAGCUGAAGAGCGUGCGGGGAGUGGUGACGAGGUACUGCGGCGACUACGGCAUGAUCGACGACCUGGUCUACUUCUCCAGCGACGCGGUGGCCAGCAAGGCGCUGCUCGACGUGGGCCAGGAGGUCACCGCGGUUGUGCAAGAAGACCGGGUGUCCCGGGGACUCAGAGCCGUCCGGGUGGAGGCCGUCUCUGAUAAGUGGGAAGGCGACAGCAAGAGCCAGGCCAGGGGCCUGUCGCAGUCCCGCCCCCAGGUGCUGAUCGGCUGUGUGACUUCGCUGAUGGAGGGCGCGGGCUACAUCAGUCAGACCACAUACUUCUCUCUGGAGAGCGUUUGCGAAGGUUUCGAGCCCUGCAAGGGAGACUGGGUGGAGGCGGAGUACUGGAUCCGGCCGGGCACGUGGAGCAGCGAGGCCGUCUCCGUGAAGCCGCUGAGGUACAAGCGCGUGGAAAGGGUCUGCAUUUCUAGCCUCUGCGGUAGAAACGGGGUGAUAGGUGACAGCAUCUUUUUCACCUUGGACUCUCUGAAGCUUGCUGAGGGAUACGUGCCUCGAAGACAUGACGUGGUCAGUGCCGUGGUGGUGGAGAGCAGCCAGUCGUGCUAUGUCUGGAGAGCCUUGUGCAUGACCCCCGUGAAAAGACGGGACCCUGCUGCCUUUGAAGAGGCUGCUGAUGAGUCCUGCGGAGCCCUUUUACUGAAGAACAAAGGUGGUAUUGAAGUCACAAGGAUGACAAAUUUUGGAACAUUAAAGGAAGGAGAAAGUAAAAAUCUGGUGAUCUGGAUAGAGAACAAAGGAGAUAUUCCUCAAAACUUAGUCAGCUGUAAACUGGCCGGCUGGGAUAAAACUAAACAAUUCAGGUUUCAAACGCUGGAGAACACCCAGAAGUGCCCAGUAGGGUCUCUCGUUCCCAUUCCCAGGAAGGAGAAUUUUUCCGAUGAAAAUACUGACUCACUGGAGAGCUGCCAAAAAAACACAACCUGUCAGGCGUCAGAGAGUCGUGUGAACAGCAGAGACGUCUCUCCAGACGACUGUGCUUGUGAAGAAGAUGAGGACGGAGAAGAGAGGAGGCGGGGGAAGCGGACGACAGGGCUGGAGCCAGAAGGGCUCAUCCCUCCCGGCGCGAGAGCCCCGGUUGUGGUCGCAUGCGAUGCGCGUGACCCCGGCCGCUGCCGGGAGCUCCUCCUGCUCUGCUUCUCCCGCUUCGUCAUCGGCCGGUUCCUCGAGGUGACGGUCGUGAGCCAGGAGGAGUCGCUUAUAGCCAUCCGAGAGCCGUUUUCGUGGAAGAAGUCGAGAAGUGCCACCGCGCUGACACCCACAAAAACUACAGUCGUGGUGACCACACAGAAAAGGAACUCAAGACGACAACUUCCAAGCUUUCUUCCACAAUAUCCAAUACCAGAUAGACUUAAGAAAUGUGUGGAGCAAAAAAUUGACAUUCUGACUUUUCAGCCUUUGCUCGCAGAGCUUUUGAACAUGUCGAACUACAAGGAAAAGUUUUCAACUUUGCUCUGGCUUGAAGAGAUUCAUGCAGAAAUAGAACUGAAAGAGUAUAACAUGAGUGGGGUCACCUUGAAAAGAAACGGUGACCUGCUGGUUCUGGAGGUCCCAGGACUGGCUGAAAGUAGGCCUUCUCUCUACGCAGGAGAUAAGCUGAUUUUAAAAACUCAAGAGUACAAUGGACAUGUCAUCGAGUACAUCGGCUAUGUGAUUGAGAUUCAUGAAGAAGAUGUAACCCUUAAACUUAACCCAGAAUUCGAGCAGGCAUAUAACUUCGAACCUAUGGAUGUGGAAUUCACAUAUAACAGCUGUCAGUCUCUGGUUUCCGGGAAGUUUCCACUCCCCUGUCCCCAAGAUUCUCCACGCUGCACGUCACUGUCCAGUGUCCUCACCACGGCCCGCACCCCAGGGACCACAAGCAGACGGUGUCACUUUGCACUUGAACACGUCAUCCACUUAGGUGUUAAAGUGCUGUUCCCAGAAGAAGUCGUUUUACAGUCUCCCCAAGUAGCCGGGAGUUGGAACCAUGCACAAGACACCAAGAAUGACGCACAGCCCACCAUCAAGACUAGGAAAGCCACGAAGGACCACACCAAGCCUGCAGCCAAGGAGAGGCGGCCUGAUUCCCAGGCCUCACCGGGCCCGGCGGCCUUUGCGGAAAAGUCAGCUCAUCGGGUAAACGAAGCGCAGGUCCCCAGGGCGAGAGAAAAGGAAUUUUUCAAUCCCGUGCUCAACGAAAACCAGAAGUUAGCUGUUAGAAGAAUCCUGAGUGGGGACUGUCGCCCGCUCCCGUAUAUUCUUUUUGGACCUCCUGGAACCGGGAAGACAGUGACAAUUAUAGAGGCUGUCUUACAGGUGUACUACGCUUUGCCGGACAGCCGGAUACUGGUGUGUGCGCCCUCCAACAGUGCGGCCGACCUCGUGUGUCUGCGGCUGCACGACAGCCAGGUGCUGCGGCCUGGCGCCAUGGUCCGCGUCAACGCCACCUGCAGGUUCGAGGAGACCGUGGCCGACGCCCUCAAGCCGUACUGCAGAGACGGAGAGGACAUCUGGAAGGCUUCCCGCUUCAGGGUCGUGGUCAGCACGUGCAGCAGCGCCGGGCUCUUCUACCAGAUAGGUGUCAGAGUCGGACAUUUUACACACGUGUUUGUGGACGAAGCAGGACAGGCGAGUGAGCCAGAGUGCCUUAUUCCACUGGGGCUGGUUUCAGACGCCGACGGCCAGAUUGUCCUUGCCGGAGACCCCAUGCAGCUCGGACCCGUCAUUAAGUCCAGACUCGCCAUGGCCUACGGGCUGAGCGUCUCUAUGUUGGAGAGACUGAUGUCCCGGCAAGUGUACCUACGGGACGAAAACGCUUUUGGGGCGUGCGGCGCCUACAACCCCCUGCUGGUGACAAAGCUCGUGAAGAACUACAGGUCGCACCCGGCUCUGCUGGCGCUGCCGUCCAGGCUCUUCUACCACAAGGAGCUGGAAGUGUGCGCGGACCCCUCGGUGGUCACCUCCCUGCUGGGCUGGGAGAAGUUACCAAAGAAAGGCUUCCCCCUCAUCUUCCAUGGCGUCAGGGGCAGCGAAGCUCGCGAAGGGAGGAGCCCGUCGUGGUUCAAUGCUGCCGAAGCGGUCCAGGUCCUGCGCUACUGCUGCCUGCUGGCCAGGAGCCUCUCCAGCCAGGUGUCCGCCAGUGACAUUGGUGUGAUCACACCCUACCGGAAGCAGGUGGAAAAAAUCAAAAUUCUUCUGCGCAAUGUCGAUCUGACGGACAUAAAGGUUGGAUCGGUGGAGGAGUUUCAAGGGCAGGAGUAUCUGGCCGUCAUCAUCUCCACCGUACGGUCAAAUGAAGAUAGAUUUGAAGAUGAUAGAUACUUUUUGGGAUUCUUGUCCAACUCAAAAAGAUUCAAUGUUGCAAUCACCAGACCCAAAGCCUUGCUGAUCGUGCUGGGAAACCCUCACGUUCUGGUCAGAGAUCCCUGUUUCGGUGCUUUACUGGAAUACAGCAUCACCAACGGCGUCUACACCGGCUGCAAUCUCCCUCCGGAACUGCAGUCCCUGCCAAAAGCCGGGUCAGAGGGCCCCCCAGGACCAGGUCCCCAGCCCCAGCGGGUGAGGCGUCCCAGACAUCUGCUGUCCUCCCUUCUGGGCUGGGGACCCUGCCACGUGCCUUGUGUCCCAGCCUCAGCCAGGAGCGAGGGACCCGUGGGGUCAGACAGAGCCUGCUGACUGUUCUCCGCACCAGCCCUUUCCUGCCGCCAGGCGGGUACCUGAACCCGUCACCCAAAUAAAUGCUCACAUGGGACACCCAGCGUGGCUUUCCACCUCCAGGCACACUGGACGCUGGGAGGCCAGUAUGCUUUCACGUGGCCUCUGACCCCCGCGGGCU